UUGUGGCCCGCCUACAAGGCGUGGUGUUGUAUCCCAUUUCCUAAACUAUUUCAUUGGAGGGGGGAUCCUAAAACAGCAUCUAUGGCCGAGCUCGAGGGGAAGCUGACACAAUGUUUUUUACAGCAACGCUCUGAGAUUGAUUAAUCAACUCAUCACCUUUCAAUUAGGGUCCUGUAAACAAAUAAAACAGCAGUGAUGCCGCCCCCAUCUGACAUUGUGAAAGUUGCAAUUGAAUGGCCUGGUGCCAAUGCGCAGCUUAUUGAGAUCGACCAGAAAAAGCCUUUGUCUUCAAUUGUGAGGGAGGUAUGUGAUGGGUGGUCGCUGUCUGGGGCAGAGCAGUUUGCCCUCCGAUAUGCAGACGGGCCCCAGCUCUACAUCACAGAGCAGAGUCGGUGUGACAUCAAGAAUGGAACCAUCCUGCGCUUAGCCAUUUCUCCUGCCCGUGCAGCUCGUCAGUUGCUUGAAAGGAUCCAGUCCCAUGGCAUCGACGCGCGCCUGGAGGCCCUGAAGGAGCUGGCCAAGCUCUCCGCCGACCCCACCUUCGCCGCCGAGUUCAUCACCAUGGAGGGCAUUGGCACGCUGGCCCGGCUCGUGGAGAGUGGCACUCACUUUGGCGAGAUGCUGGCGUUCACACUCACAGCCUUUCUGGAGCUGAUGGAUCAUGGCAUAGUUUCCUGGGACCUUCUUUCCCUCUCCUUCAUAAAACAGAUCGCGGGCUACGUGAACCAGCCCAUGGUGGACGUGUCCAUCCUGCAGCGCUCGCUGGCCAUCCUGGAGAGCAUGGUGCUCAACAGCCACAGCCUGUACCACCGCGUGGCCCAGGAGAUCACCGUGGGACAGCUCAUCGGCCACCUGCAAGUGUCCAACCAGGAGAUCCAGACCUACGCCAUCGCCCUCAUCAACGCUCUGUUCCUGAAGGCCCCCGAGGACCGGCGACAGGCGGAGUGUACUAACCCACUGGAUCAGCAGCUCACUGAGAUGGCGAGCACUCUGGCUCAGAAACACCUGCGCUCCAUCAUCCUCAAUCAUAUCAUCAGAGGAAACCGGCCAAUCAAAGCAGAGAUGGCCCAUCAACUUUAUGUUCUUCAGGUGCUGACCUUUAACCUUUUGGAAGAACGUAUGAUGACCAAGAUGGAUCCGAAUGACCAGGCUCAGAGAGACAUCAUCUUCGAGCUGCGCAGGAUUGCGUUUGAUGGAGAGAAUGACACGGGGGGCACAGAGAAGAGGAAGGCCAUGUACACAAAGGACUACAAGAUGCUGGGCUUCACCAACCACGUGAACCCCGCCACGGACUUCACCCAGACGCCCCCCGGCAUGCUGGCCCUGGACAACAUGCUGUACCUGGCCAAGCUGCACCAGGACACCUACAUCAGGAUCGUCCUGGAGAACAGCAGCCGCGAGGACAAGCACGAGUGUCCGUUUGGCCGCUGCGCCAUCGAGCUGACCCGCAUGCUGUGCGAGAUCCUGCAGGUCGGAGAGCUCCCGAAUGAAGGCUGCAACGACUAUCACCCCAUGUUCUUCACCCACGACCGGGCCUGGGAGGAGUUCUUCUGCGUCUGCAUCCAGCUGCUCAACAAGACAUGGAAGGAGAUGAGGGCGACGGCGGAGGACUUCAACAAGGUGAUGCAGGUGGUGCGGGAGCAGAUCACCAGGGCGCUGGCCAUGAAGCCGGCCUCCCUGGACCAGCUGAAGAGCAAGCUGCGCAGUCUGAGCUACUCUGAGAUCCUGCGUCUCCGCCAGACGGAGAGAAUGAGCCAGGAUGAUUUCCAGUCUCCACCCAUCAUUGAGCUGCGGGAGAGGAUCCAGCCCGAGAUCCUGGAGCUCAUUAAGCAGCAGCGCCUCAACCGCCUGUGCGAGGGAAGUUGUUUCCGCAAGCUGGGGAACCGCCGGCGGCAAGAGAAGUUCUGGUUCUGCCGCCUCUCCCUGAACCACAAGGUGCUGCACUACGGGGACCUGGACGAGUCCCCACAGGGGGAGGUUCCCUUUGAGCUGCUCAGCGACAAGAUUCACGUGUCAGACGUAAAGUCCGUGGUUACGGGGAAGGACUGCCCACAUAUGAAAGAGAAAAGUGCGCUGAAACAGAACAAGGAGGUGCUGGAGCUAGCAUUCUCUGUUUUCUACGAUCCUGACGAGACGCUGAACUUUGUAGCGCCAAACAAAUAUGAGUACUGCAUUUGGACCGACGGGUUGUGUGCGCUGCUGGGCAGAGAGAUGAGCAGUGACCUGACACGCAGCGACCUGGACACUCUCAUCAACAUGGAGAUGAAGCUCCGCCUCCUGGACCUGGAGAACAUCACCAUUCCCGAAGCCCCGCCCCCUGUGCCAAAGGAGCCCAGUUCAUACAACUUCACCUACAACUACAGUUGAGGUGUGCGUGCAGGAGUGUGUGUGUGUGUGUGUGUGUGCGUCCGUCUGUCUGUGCGAGUGUGUUAUUUGUGUGCAUGAGUAUAGUAGGUACGGGCAUACUCUAGUUCGAGAGUAGAUAAAUAUAAAGUCAAAAAUAAUUGUGUCUAUUUUUAGCUACAUCACAGGACUAUUUUGUUUAGCCCUUGAUACUGCAUUCUAGCUUCAUGAUUAUAUUCUAUUUGUAUCUGAGUAAUUAGCUUUUACAUUCUUAAAAAAUGCUGCCAAGGAGAUGUGGUAGGUGUAGUCAUUUGUGGGUUAUUCACCUUGGCCUCCAUAUUCGACAAAAUAUAUUGUGCAACAGUUAGCGAGUGACUGACAUUCCAUUAUCGGUAGAUUAUAUAAAAAGCCCAUGUUUGUCAGAGACAUUUCUGAAAAAACAAGUAAUGGACAACUAAAAGCCUACUCACCAGAUUAAUCACAAGUAACCUUGAAGUAUUAAUCCUUGAUAAGGAAUCAAAUUUAAACCAAGAAUUUCAAAAGCUACAUUCCUAUUAUGUAUAUGUGUGUGUGUGUGUGUCCGUGAAUCAAUUUGUGCCAAUUCAGAUUUAAAGAUUUUGUCUUUAAAAAUAGAACAAAGUAUUGCCUGCUUUAAAUAAUCGGCAAAAAAUAAUCCAUACGGUACUUAUCCAUAAGGAAAAUAUUGUCUAAAUCAGUCAUAACACUAUAAAACCUGUUUUUUCUCGCAAAAAACACAGCCUUAGCAGUAAUAAUGUCUAUAUAUUUCAAAACAUUUUUUGUGAUAGUUAUGCGUUUUUCUCACUGCAUUUUGUUACUCCAUCUGGUGUGCCCUCACAACAAAAAAAAAAACUUCUCACGCUUCUAAUGCUAAAAUAUUCUGCUCAGUCGUUUUUUUAAUGGAGUCUUCAGGCCUCUUUAAUUAUCAUCUUUUUUUUAAAGUUCAUAUCAACGAAGACCAUUUCCCCAGCCUUGCCUUAGUACAAGUGCUGCAAGUAAAAUGUCGGAAAUGUGUUUCAUAAACAUGAAAAAGCUCGCAUUUUUGCAUUUCAAGCAGUCUUGAUGGUGUGCGUAAAAACGUAAAACUAUAUUUCAUUUGAUUUUUAUAAUUUCAAUAUGUUUAUUGCGUAUUUUUCGUGUUGUAUUUGUGUUACUUUUAUCUUCGAUGGGUAUUCAUUGCGAGUGGAUAUUGUCAUUUCAAAUGCAGAAUAUAAAUAUAUUUUUAUAAACUAUUGUGUAACUUUGCCGGCUGUGAAACAAAAUUGAUAAUGACGUAGUCACACUGGUCCAUUUAGUCAACCCUCGGUACGGCCUCAGUAACGGCAGACAUGUCGUCUCAUGGGGACAGUUUAUAUGUAUUGGCAUUUAUUAUUUGUUGAAAAAAGUAAAAUCAUGAAUGUCACGUGUUUCAAUAAUAAUAUGACCGGUUGACCUUUUCCAGGUAACAAAAAUUUGAAGUAAAUAAUGCCUUUUACUGCUGAUCCUGUGGCAGCGCUAGUGAGUUCUCUUUGAAAAGUGUAUGAUUUCAUGUGGCAGGUGGUGAUGUAUUUUGUAUUUUAUUUUUAUCUUUUGUAUUUUAUUUUGCUCCUCAAAUGUUGAAGCUGCUAUCAGAAUAGUGUACAGCAACAGCUAUAAUUCAUCAGUAACCACCAACAAACGUUUGUUGUUGCGCUGGAUGUACUAACUCUGGACACUUGGAGGUCUGAGCAUCUUGCUUGACCCGCUAAACCACUUAUAGCUACUUGCUAGUGCUAGUUACAAAUGACGUGUUGUAAAGUACAAAAUAACAACAUUCAAUCUAAAUAUGUUUUUCAUAAUUAGAUACCUGUAUAUAUAGUGUGUUACUUCAUUGAAACAUGUAUGUGUGAAUAAAUACAAAGUCUAACUAAUA